AUGAGGUUCCAUCUAUCGCCCUUCCCAAGAGACCCCGCUGAACUCCAAGUCAAGGCAGCCAAGGUGAUCUGCACCGUGGUCUCCCCGCAGCUCAUGUCAAGCCUUCACCAGCUGGACAUAGACGACCAGUAUGAAAAUGGCAAACUCAGUGGUGUAGUCUUCUCUGAAGUCCUGUCUACUUCCCGUGCAAUCCAGCUCGUGGAGAUCGCGAGCGCAAAACUGUUGAAACCCUGCCUUGUUCAGGACUGUGACGCUAUAGUCACGAACCGGGUGGAUGUGAAGCAUCUACGUCCGUCAGUCACGGGAACAAGGCUCGUCACUGUAGUGACGUAUGUUGCUACUAGGGACUCGUUUGACAGGGUCGAGGGUGUGAUUUCUGAUAGUGCUGGGCUGUGUAUUGCGAUGGUAGAUGCGUGGUUUUCUCUUGUGUGCAAAAUUAAUGUUGAGAGUGAUGCUAUUCUGAGUCUAGAAAACCUUGUGGACGUGAGAAAUGCCUUAAUGCAAGUAAAGGCAGCUUGGAAUACCUCUCUUGCUAAUCGCCACUCUGAUUUAAUGGGCGGGAACGGAGAUUUACAAGUUCGACAUCAAAUAGCAUGCGAGCGCAGCAAGGUAGGAAGAUAUGAUUUUCUUUCAGGGUUUGAGCAUUGUAUUCAACAUGGAUCAGACGGUCUUGCUAUGCUAUGGCUCACGAAGGGCCGAGCGGUGCUUGAGACUGAGGAUUUAUCGAGUGGCCUGCAGUUAGCGGCAAAGCACCGCGGCCUAUCUGUCGUUAAGUUACUCCUGGAUAACGGGGCAGACGUCAAUUACCGGGCGAAGUCGUUGAUUAAGACGGCACUGCACGAGGCUGUGCACAGGGAAUGCCUUGAAAUCGUCCAAUUAUUGCUAGAUCGAGGAGCGUCCCCUAGCCUUAGGUAUUCGUCAAACGAUGAUUCACCGUUGCAUACGGCGGCGGCGAUGUGCAAUACGGACCUGUGCGCUGCGCUUCUGAAAGCCGGGGCAGAUAUCAACGACUCAAAUGAGCAUGGGUGGACUCCGCUCAUGCUCGCUAUACGCAGUGGCAAAAACACCUUGCGACUCCUGGUCGAAAGUGGAGCUAAUGUCAAUCAAACUGACGAUGAAGGGUGGACGAGCCUGCACUUUGCAGUGGAUUAUGGGGGGCCUGGUCUGUUGAAAUACCUGCUGAAGCAUGGUGCCGACUCGACCGUCCAAAACACCCGAGGAGAUACCCCGUUACGGCUUGCUGCGAGGUUGGGUAGAUUUGACAUCGCUCGAGAGCUUUUGAAGUGCGGAGUUGAUCCGUCUCUUGGACCUGGCUGUUGUACAGCUCUGGAAUGGGUACAGGGAGAGAAAUUACCGACUUGUCUUGCCGAACCCGCUCGGUUGUUACGACCAUAA